AUGUCUUGGCGGCAGGCAACGGCACACCUCUCAGCAACCGCCUGGCAAAAACAGUUGCAAUUUGUGGCCGGCGCUCUGAAGCCUUUGAUCUUGGCACUGCUCUUCGGCCCUCCGAGACCCGGGAAGGCAGAGGCCUGGCACAAGCCCUUGCAGAUCUUGGUCUUCAUCGUCCUUCCUGGGCUCUUGACCCUGAAGGGAGACGUCGCGCUCAUCAGGGGGAUCGUCGCUAGCGGUGACUUCACGUGGUGGCAGCGAGUCAACGCCAUCCUUAUGGUGGCCGGCAGCUCCUCGAAUAGCAGCACAAGCUUGUGCUUGACGGGGGCUAGCACUUUUUGUGAUUUUGCUGACCGCCGCUUCAUGUCGGGAGGUGAUGAUCAAGAUCAUGAGCUGGGGGUCUGA